CGAAAUGUACACAACAUAACGUCCAUAGAUCAAUUAUUAAUUAUCUUUGACAAGUCACAUAGACUGUAAAAGUUUUGUGUUAUGACUUGGUUGAAAAACGUGAUAAAUUACUUGUGUCUUGUUCGAGAAAAAUGUAGGACGUCUUCACUUAUGUAUUGACAGUCGAAACAGCGUUACGUUACGUUUUCCCGUAAUAAACGUUUUAUGCGCCUUUAAUGUAAAAUCGUUUUAUUGAUUUUGGGACAGACGUUUUUAAAAUGCGGACACUUUAUGGAAUUAUUGCGGUAUUUGUAAGCACAGCAUUAUACGCAGAAGCAGGAACAGUUUACAAAACUAUCAUCAAAAAUGGAACAGGACCGGUUCCUCAACCAAACCAGACUGUUAUCGUGCAUUAUACGGGAAAACUACAAAGCGGAGAAGAGUUUGAUUCAUCUAGAACCCGCAAUGAACCAUUCAAAUUCAAACUCGGCGCUGGAGAGGUCAUACGGGGCUGGGACGCUGGAGUCUCAUCAAUGCGCGUUGGCGAAAGAGCAGAGCUAGAAAUCGCCCCAGAAGACGGAUAUGGAGCGGAAGGAUACCCGCCAGUUAUCCCACCAUCAGCGAAGUUGUUGUUUGAUAUAGAGCUGCUGGCUAUCGAGGGAGUAACACCAGUGCCACCUCUGCCUGCUUUCGGUGGUAUGACAGAUGUCGUCACUUCGUCGUCUGGAUCUUUACAAACAGGAGGUGGACAAUCAGCUGACUUAAACGGAUUUGGUGCUUCAAACAUGUUUGACAACCAAGGAUUUAGCUCUGCAGGAAUCAGUUUGGAUGGGAAUCAGGGUUUCGGCGGAAUAGGUGGAGAUAGUACCCAAAGUUUUACUCCACCUGAUUUGUCAAUGUCAGGUCCUGGGAUGAUAGCUGGUGAUGGCGGAACACGUGGUACCUCAUCAGUUUCUGGUUUUGGUUUAGAUAUGACAGAGACAAGCCGGCCGCGGGAUUCAGUUCCGUCCCUGGCUGAUGCGUUUUCCGCAUCUAUGUCCGGUAGAGGAUCGGCAGGUUCUUUGCCUGAACAGAGGCCAGUCGCUUCGAUGAAUGGACCAUUUGAUUUCGGUAGAGGGGGUGCCGGGGAUGCACUUUUUGGUUCACAGGGAGGCUCCCAAAGAUCAAUGUCGGAUCCAUUUUCAACUAGAGGAACUUCUGACACACCAACGGGUUUUGGUGGCGGCAGAUUUGAUCAGUCUGUAUCAGACCCCUCUUUAAAUGGACCAUUUGGACCUCCAUCUGAUUCGAGAUUUGGAGACUUAUCGUCUGGAAGUUCGAGAAGAGACAACCGAGGAGUAGCUGUUGGUAGCAGAUUCCCCGAAACAAGAAUUCCUGGAAUGGACAUAUCAAGCGCAAGUGGCACCGAUUUCGGUUUUGACAGAUCAUCCGGAGGUACAGGAUUUUCACUAUCUGAACGUGGUGGAAGAUUUAGUGCUACUAGUGGACGUACUGCUAAUUCAGGGCCAUCAUCUGACUUUUCAUCCACGAGGUUUGGUAGCGAAAUGCCUGCCCAAAUAGGAGGUGAUACCAUGCUACCUGGCAUGGACAUGGGUAUGGGUUCAAGUUUUGGCUCAUCUUCCACAAGUGCUAGUUCACGUGACCUUGGAAGUGGUAUGGCACCAGACAGAUUUGGAAGUUCUGCUCGUGGUUUUUCCAGAGACCGCCCUUUCGAUAUGGAAAGAGGGUCUUUUAGAGAAGACACGGGUUCAAGUAUGGGUGGAAGAAUGUCCACAGUGCGUGAUAUGGGAAUGGGUGCUGCUGGAUCUGAAAUGCCUGGAGGAAUGGGAUUAGGUAUGGGUGGAAGAAUGCCGUCGUUUCCUGAUAUAGGCAGUGGGAUGGGUAUGAGUGGUUCCGGGCCUGAUGGAAGGGGAUCAGAAAUGGGCGGAAGAAUUCCUCCAAUGUCUGAUAUGGGAGGUGGAGUAGGAAGUGGAGUGGGAAUAGGUGCUCCUGGACCUGAUAUGUCUGGCGGAAUGGGUUCAGGUAUUGUCGGAAGAACGCCGACCUUUGGAGGUGGUAUGGGUAUUGGUGCGUCUGGGCCGGGUAUGACAGGCGGAAUGGGACCUGGCAUGGAUGGAAGGAUGUCGCCAAUGAGUGGUAUGGGAGGAAGCAUGGGAUCGAGAGGUUCAGGGCCUGAUAUAACUGGUGGAAUGGGACCAGGCAUGGGUGGAAGGAUGUCGCCAAUGAGUGGUAUGGGAGGAAGCAUGGGAUCGAGAGGUUCAGGGCCUGAUAUAACUGGUGGAAUGGGACCAGGCAUGGGUGGAAGGAUGUCGCCAAUGAGUGGUAUGGGAGGAAGCAUGGGAUCGAGAGGUUCUGGGCCUGAUCUAACUGGUGGAAUGGGACCAGGCAUGGGUGCAAGGAUGCCUUCAGCGGGUGGUAUGGGGGGAAGUAUGGGAACGAGAAGAUCUGAAAUGACAGGGGGAAUGGACUCUGGCAUGAGAGGAAUGAUGGCUCCAAGGAGUGGUAUGAGAGGAAAUAUGGAAAUAACAGGUUCUGGGCCUGGUAUGACUGGGGGAAUGGGAGCAGGUAUGGGUGGAAGGAUGCCUCCAAUGUCUGGCAUGGAAGCUGGGAUGGGAACUGCUGGACCAGACAUGCCAGGAGGAAUGGGAUUUAUGGGGGGACCGAGAGGUGGACCCGGUUUUGACAGACCAUCCCGUAUGGGAAUGGGUGGAGUUACACCUUUUAUGGGAGGGUCUGGUCCAAGGAUGGGUCCAGGAGGGCCAGGAAUGGGACCUGGAACUGGGCCAAUGUCAAGAGCACCAGGGAUGAGGCCAGGGCCGGGGCGAUUUUCAGGGCCAAUGGGUCCAGGAAUGAUGCCUCCUUUCAUGAGACGAAGAAUGCCACCUUUUAUGAGAAGGGACGCCAUGAGACGAAGAAUGCUGGGGUUUAGAAGACGGAGAUAGUAUGCCUGUUGAAAAGUACAGCAAAUUUGAUCUCCAAAGUGAAACUUAAAAUCUUACAGAUGGUAAUUUUCCGUAAGCUUUAAACAAAACUGAAUUUAGAAUUUUGAAGUUCUAAAGCGAAAUCGGAAAUGUGUAAACAGUUUGUACAUCUACGAACAUUGCGAUGUCGUAAACCGUUGAAAGGAAACCAGUGCUUAUACAUGAUGUGAUCACCUUCAUGAUAUAACAAAUGUUAUGUUAUAUUGACGCAAACGUCCCUAAGUUUUAGGCGGACCAACCGAAAGGAUUGGCGGCACAUGCGCAUAAGUAAACAAAUUAUACUGCGAUAUUAGCGGCUAUUACGACACAAAUGGAUUGUUAAACGUGAAUAUUGUGAUGAGACUGAAUGUUCGCAUGAAAUCAAAUUUUAUUUUCAUUCUCGUGCUUUUGAAAAUGCAAAAAAAACCCCAAAAACAUGUUAUCAGUUCGAAAUAUCAUAGCUUUUUUAUUAGUUCGAAAUUACAGCCCACAAACUAUUUCAAGUUGCCAGGUUUUACCAGAAAGAAAUCGAAAUUAUGAAGUCAUAUAUUAUUAUUAUUUGUUAAAAAAAGAUGUUGUGGUAUUAUUACUCUGUAUCAAUUUAAUGUACAUACAUGUAUUUGAAUGACUAAACAAAUGAAUGUAAAAACUAAAUGUUCUGCAAAUAUUUGAUACUUAUAACUGAUGGCUAUUAAGCAUGGUAAUAAGCAUGCGUAACUUUUUAAUGUACAUAAGGAGCUAGUUUUAUUGUUUCGUAUUUGUUCAUUUUGUUCUGUAUACUGUUAUACUUUUGACACUGUUUAUAUAAAGUAAAUUGAAAUGUUUGUAAUAAUUUACAAAUGAUACAUGCUUUAAAAUAUCCUUUAUGAAAAAAAUA